AUGCUGUUGCUACUGUCACUGCUGCCUCUCCUGCCGCCGCCGCUGCUGCCGCCGCCGCCGCUGCUCCUGUUUUUGCUUUUACUUCUCCUGCAUGACAGUUGUUUUCUUCAUCUAAGCAGACACCAGCUUCAGAUGCUCGGGGUGAGGAACCUGCCUUUCAGUUUGGGCUACUGGUUUACUUAA